CAGCAGAGGAUGAAAGGUGCCCUUCAGUCUUCAGUGAAUAUGGGGUUGGGUUGAUUGGAAAGUCUGAGGCUUUGUGACCUUUACCAACAUGCUUCAGUCAUACUGAGGAUAAGAGUGGACCCUGCUAUCCAGCUCAUCAUGACACCUAGGGAACAUUUUGGGAAGAUUUCCACAUCGAAUGAACUAGGGAUAUUGGAUGAGAAAAAUCUCUACCAGGUGGCUAACGGCAUUGGAGCAAAUGGACAUCAAGAGUUUCGACACCGGCAAGAAAUGUUGAUGAGAAAUCAAAUGAUGCUCAUGAACCCUCAUGGGCAGAUAUUGGGGCCUGGACAACAGAAGAUGCAGACUCUUGGUGUCCACUUUGAACCACGGCUCCUAGACAGGAACAUUCUGGCUUCUUCUGAAAUCCUUAGUUCACCUGAAACACGGCAAAUCCACCUGGGCUCCCAACUUGGCACUUCAGUCCAAACAAGUGUUAUACACAAUCGGACCUACCCAGGGGCAGGUUUCAAUAUUCUGCCACCAGAAACAAUGGAUUCAAUGCUCAGACGCCAAGAACUGAUUCACAAGCAGAAUCUGGUUAGGCUGGAAGUGGAUGCACUACUCAAUCAGAAGGAACUGGAGAACACCCAUCGAAAAGGACCAUUGGGAGUGGAAGUGCCUUUCGUUUGUCCUGGUAUUUCAACAGAUGAAAUUGCAUUCCACAAUAGAUACAGGCUACCCAAAGGCCAGCAAACCAAUGAGGCAAUCCUCCACCAAAAUGCAUUGGCCAACAUUAGUGUUGAUAAUAGCCUGUUGGUGACAUCUAAUCCACAUCCUCCAGUUAAUACAUUGUACAGAGAUAGGAAUCGGAGAGGCAUAAAAAGAGCUGCCACUCUGAAGAAUGCAGAUGAUAAUUAUAACAGUUCCAAAGGCCAUGUAGAAGACAAGAAACUGGACUACAUCUCAGUAACAGCAGUGGAGGGAAAGGAGAUCGAAUGUGAAAAUGAGCCAAAGUCAGGUCUUUCAGCUAAACCAAAUCAAAACAAAACGGACACAAAUUUACUAUGCCCUUUUGGAUUAAGUAGCGAUUAUAAAGACAGUGAGCAAAGAUUAAGAAAACAUGGCAGUAGCAAUGAGAAAUUCUCAGAGGCAGACAAUGGUAAUACUUCUUACACUGGAACUGAGAAGAAUAUGUUCAAGAGCUGUGCCACAUUUCCAAAGUAUAUGUUCCCUUCAUCAUUGCCUCUGCCAGCAAUACCUUGCCGAUUUCAGAUACCAGGAAGUACACUAAUGACAUCAGCAGGACCCAAUGCUGUCUUCUUACCGGAAGAGGACGAAAUCAUUCAGAAGUGGACGGUGGACGAUGUUUACAAGUUUGUCAGCCUCUUGCCCGGUUGCUCAGAUUAUGCUCAAACCUUCAAAGAUCAUGCCAUCGAUGGAGAGACCCUUCCUCUUCUCACAGAAGGACACCUUUUAAACACAAUGGGUCUGAAGCUGGGUCCAGCUUUGAAAAUCCAGUCCCAGGUGUCUCGACGUGUAGGGAAUGCAUUGUACAUGAUGAACUCAGCCCCCUCUGCACCCCUGCAAAGUACUUUUAGUGAAACAGUCAAUCAGACUUCAGAUGUAAUUUCACCCAUAACAUCUGCUGGAGGUGAUGACCCGCUAAGAAGUCCAGGUGGACAAGACCAGGAGAACUUCAAGCCUUCAGAACAGAGUACGGUGGAAAAAAGAGAUAAAACACAUGAUGAGCAAUGUCAUUUACAGACUUCUGAAACUGUUUAGGUUGAGUUGUUCGAGCUGGAUUCAAUGUGUAUUUCUCCUGAGUUUUGAGAGAGCUCCUUCUACGAAAUACUUGAGUCAGAAAGCUAUUAAUCUUAAAUUUUAAAUAAGCUGCCUGUAACUGCGAUUCUGUGAGAAAUGGAUGUUGGACCCCAAAAGUUUAAGGCCUUUUAUUUUAAAAGAUUUUGCAUGGAUACAGAAAUUGAUCCAAAUUAAACAGAUAAAUAUGUAACAGGAAGUUAUUAUUGCAGC